CUCCAAUUUUUUGUGUUUAUCACAUCAGUUAUCUGGUUUUCAAUUAAUAAAAUAAUGUUAAUAACAAAACGUCAAUAAUAUAUUAUAUAAUAUCAUAGACAUGUCUAUGAUUAUUGAUUAAUAUUCGAAUUACUGAAUCUUAAUUCUUAAAUCGUUAGUCGUAAUAUUUGAUAUUAUAUUAUAAUUGGUAUGGCUUCAAAAAAACAAAAUACAUUGUUGAAUUUUUUCAAACAUAAAGAAAAACAAGAUGAUCCAAUGUCUAUUGAUAAAAAUACAGACAACCCGUUGUUGAUGUGUGAACAAUCACCGAAAGUCAAUUAUUUAUAUAAUACAUUUUCUUAUAUUAAUGCGCCUACAAAUGAUCCAGAUGAUCCAAUGUCUAUUGAUAAAAUUACAGACUACCCGGAUGCCUCGUUGUUGAUGUCUGAUCAAUCACCAAAAGUCAAUGAUUUAAAUAAUACAUUAGAUAAUACUAUAGAGAAAGAAUCAGACUUAAACAAUUCAAAUAUAGGUCCCUGGUUCAUGUUCUAAUGUGUGUAACUAAUAAGUAAUCAGUAAUCACUAAUCACCACC